AUGGGCGAUUGGCUACUAGCGGUGCACUCGGGUGCUGGGCAUUAUGGCUCCUCUAAUGAAGCUGCGUACCUGUCGUUGAUUCGAUCAGCUCUUGAAAGAGCUCAGCAGGUAAUUACACAUUCCCGUUGUCCGCCUACAGCUUCGCAACUUGCCGUGUAUUUGUUGCAAUCUUUCGAGCACAACAGUUUGACGAAUGCUGGACGUGGUUCAAAUUUGACUGAAGAAGGGCGUGUUGAGUGCGAGGCCAGUGUCGUAUGUGGCCGAACACACUUGGUAAGUUGUUGUGGAGCUGUCAGUGGAGUGAAGGAGCCUAGUGCAUUGGCGUUGAAAUUAUUGGAGCAGGCCGAGAAGACGGACGGCAGUGAUUCGAGCGGGAUAUUUGCAUUUGGUCGUCAGCCUCCACUGGUGGUUGCAGGAGAACAUGCUCGACAAUUAGCACAAGAUUUUGGACUAGAAACAGCGAAUAAAGAUGCUGAAAAGAGUCGGAAAUAUCAAGUGACAAUGAAGGCUCAAGAGCAUUGGGACAAGUGGCAUCGACGAUUCCAAGAGGCAAUAAAGACAAAGACUAAAGAAGAGGAAGAGGAACAAUUAGACACUGUUGGGGCUGUUUGCAUGGAUCCGAUGGGGAAUGUAGCGGCGGCAUUGUCGAGUGGUGGUGUGGCGUACAAGGUGCCCGGUCGUAUAGGGCUUGCAGGAUGUCCUCGAAUGGGCUGCGACGCCGCAAAUGCCGUAGUGAAUGUGACUCACAAACGCAAAAGGAAUAGAAGUGAGCAAAGAAAAGUGAGAAAUGCUUUUGCUGUGGCAUGUACUGGCCGAGGAGAACAUUUCAUUCGAAGUAACUUUGUAAGUGCUUUAUGUCGGAGAUUAUCCAAGUCGACCGAUUUGGAGCGAGAAUUCCGAAAAGUGUUUGUCGACUCAAGUCGCGGCAAUGGAGGGGUUGGGAUCGAAGGUGGGGUACUGGCCCUUGUAUGUACGCCACUUGAGAACAAAGACGGCAAGACAUCACGAAGUGUUCAGCUAGGUGCAGCAUUUACAACACCUUGUAUGGGUGUGGGCUACUUGCAGUGUCAUGCUAAUGCUACGUCAGAAGUACAAGUGCAGCUUUUGCGUCGGCCUGUCACUCGGCAAUCACCGCCAGGACGUGGUAACAAGAAGCUCGCCAUUCAUUUUGUCGGGGUCGGUGAUAUCAAGCAAUACAACAAUGAGUUUAAGAGCUUUCGCUUUCGUGGGCGGGCGAGUGCUGACAUCCUCAAAACCGCAGGUUACAAAGUAUCCGCUCUGGACGUCGAGCGUGUGCUGUUGGCUCAUCCACAGGUUCUCGAGUGCGUUGUCAUCGGGUUGCCUGAUGAAACAUGGGGGCAAAUUGUAGCAGCUAUAAUUUGCUCGGGGAUCGAAGCUACCGCGUACCGCAAGUACUUCUUCGUCCAUGAGGUUCCUAAAAAUGCAAUGGGAAAGGUGAACAAGAAAGCGCUAGCUAAGGCCUACUCGGAAUAG